AUGUCGCGACGGGAGACUGAGCCAGAGGAGCGCCCAUCCGCUUCCGACAAUCAUGAGCGGCUUCCAGCGGAUGAAAACGCGCCGUUGUUGGGCGACGACGAUACUGAGCACCGCCAGAGCAAGUGUUCACCGUUUACGCAGCCAAUCUCCGCCCUCAACAUCGCCGUUUACAUUUCCUACUUUAUUGCUCUCGAGCUCGGGCAGACAUUCCCCGCCAACGCUUUUCACCAGGCUGUGGAAGAGAAUCUCUGCCGGGAGUUGCACGGCCGCACCGACGCAAAGUACUGUGGUGCCGCUGAUGAUGUUCAGUCCGAGCUAGCCGUCCUGCUGGGAUGGUACAGCACUGCUCAGCUCACUCCAGGAUUGCUCUGCGCGAUCCCAUAUGCUUUGCUGGCGGACCGCUAUGGGCAAAAGCCCUUUUUCGUGCUGAAUGCCUUUGGGAUGGCUGUAGCUGUCGCAUUUUCGAGAAUUAUAUGCUUUUGGCCCGAUUUAUUUUCCGUGCAUCUAGUUUGGACGGCGCCGCUUCUGUUGUUUGUCGGCGGUGGUUUUACCGUCUCCAACGCUCUCUUGUUCGCCAACGUCACAGGCCUCACCACUGAUGCUUCUCGCGCGUCAAUCAUCUCCGUCAUCACCGCGCUCUCUUACGGGCCUCGACUGAUCGCUACCGUGGUUUCCUCCAAGCUUUUGGAGCUGCACGGUCCUUGGCCACUGCUGUGGGGUAGCUUGGCUUGUUCCUUUCUGGGCGUCGUUUUUGCCUUGUUCAUUGUUGAGCCAAAGUCGACAAAGAUUGCGCUUGAUGAUUGCGGCGCAAGCGGGAGCGACGGUGGCCUACGUGAUGAGGAGCAGCCCGCUGCGCCCGCCAUCGGGCGGCUGAAAGCGAAACUCUUCAACGUCGUCACAGAAACCAGACAAGGAUUUUCCUAUCUUCUACAGAGAUGCAAUGCUCACGUAGUUAGGAUUGCCCUCUGUUUGGUGAUAAUGACGCUCGCUUGGCAAGCAAACCUCAGCUCGGAGAUUAUGCGCAGAAAGUUUGGAUGGACUUGGGCUCAGCUAUCAUAUCUCUCUGCCAUGCAAAUCAUUGUGACUCUCGUAUCUUCAAUGAUACUAUUGCCCGGCGCAUCGUACAUUAUGACAGUUAAACUGAAGCUUGGUACUGCGGCCUGUUGUUUCUCCUGGGCGGUGGUCUGA